AUGCGGCUGUGCACUGCCUGGGAUCUGAGCCGAAACAACUUGACAUUCCUCGACGCGGCCGCUUUCGCCGACUUCCCGGGACUGAAAGAACUACACCUCGAGCACAAUGGCUUGGAGUGGCUCCCAGACGACACAUUCAAGGGCGCCGGUGGAAUCACGUUCUUGUCACUGGAGGGCAACGAUUUCACCAAGAUUCCAUGGGACGCCCUCAGAGCAUUGCCUGCGCUGGAAACACUGCACCUCAACAGGAAUCACCUGACGGAGGUGGUCCCGGCGGUAGAGCCGUCUUUCCACAGAAAGCUGCGCAAGGUGUGGCUAGACAGCAACCAGCUGUCUCGAGUGCCCGUCCAAUGCAUCCACUCCCUCCCUGGACUGGAAGCCUUAGGUUUGGGAGAGAAUCUCAUCGGGGAGCUGAAGGCGCACGCAUUCGGAAAUGCAUCGCGCCUAGAAGUGCUGUAA